AUGUCUUUGCAUGGACCUCCAUCGCCGCGGGUCUCGGGACGUAAUCCAACUCAGAAGCUCACCAGCCUCGCCAACAACCAAUGUCUUCAUACCGUGCGUUCCCGAAGCUACGCUCAAGGAGGGAUUCGAACCGUUGUCCCGGCGGAGAGUCCCCGCCAGGGUGCUGCACAAGUGCUAUGUCUCCUCAGAGCAUAUAGAAAGACGAUCUGCAACGCACCUCUCCUGCUGCUCCGUCUAUCAGUCGAGUCACGCGCGCAUUGCUCCAAAGCAUCGGGCGGGAAGGUCGCCAGCGCUGGGACGAACGACCCAAAGAAUAG